AUGUCUGAGAAUGUACCGAGUCAACAGCCCGACGCUACUACUACUACUGCAACAGAGGACUUCACACAAGGCACGCCCAACUAUGUCGCCAAGACAACACGACCAAUUUGCGCAAACGAGCUUGGGGCAUAUUUUUCCCUCUUCAAGCGAAAGAUUCUGACGAGUAGCGGGCUGCCUUCAGCUAUCAAUAGCUUGAUGGUUGGUGAAAGUCUGCUCCAACCGACAAGCCAACAGUCCGUCGAGUUUAAUGACUACCAAUCGACAGCUGGUCAAGAGGAAUCCGCCGUCGUCUUCUGGUGGAACCGACCUCCGACGCACGAAACUAAGCAAGUUUGCACCGGAAUCGAAGAAGAUUACCUCGGAAACAGCGUCAGCAUGAAUCUGCCCGAUGUCCGUCAUAUGACGGACGAAAGCUUAGCACCUUUUCACCGGAAUCGAGGGAGAUUGCCUCGAAAACCGCGUCAGCAUGAAUCUUCCAGUAAAGCCAGCACGGGUUCACCGGAAUCGAAGGAGAUUGCCUCGGAAACAGCGUCAGCAUGA